AGUGUGAUUACGGGGCGCUAUGUGGCAAAAGGAUGCCUAGUGAAGUGAGGCAAGCAGAUCUGCAGCUGCACCAAAAGUCCAAAAUAAAUUUUUUUCUUAAAACCCUAAAAUUCUAAACUCUUGUUGUGCGUCUUCCCCCUUAGUCCAACCCAACUUCUUUCUCCGCUUUUCACCAUCUUUCCAGCCAGUUAUUAUAACUCUCUCUCACUUCAGUGAACAUAAUUUUUGUAGGGUUUUAAGAACAAAAUCACAACGGCAUUCUUGAAAAACCCCUUUUAGAAUAAUUCUUGAAAAUCUCUUUUCCAUGGAUUCUCAAGAAUCCCAAGCGGGUCACCACCAAAAUCAACACCAUCAUCAACCCCAACACCCCCAACUUCAUUCUUUACCUCACCACCCCCACCCCCACCAACAUACACCGCCACAUGUCCACCCCAUGAUGAUGCCACGUCCCCAACACCACCACCAACACCACCAACACCCACAACAUCAACACCAACAACAUCAACAGCAGCAGCAACAACAACACCAGCAACAACAACCCAACUCCUAUGUUGUCCCCAACAAUGUUGUUCCAACACAUAACAACAACAAUUCCACCAUGAUGCAACAAAUACAGCAUCAGCAGCAACAACAAAAUUCUGGGUUUCCUUUUAAUUCAAUGGUGAAUACUGCACCACCACCAGCCCAACCUCAACCCCAAAAUCAACCGAAUCUUGAUUACUCAGAUGCAUCAUCACCUAGGGCAACUGGAUUUAACAUUGAGCCAGCUAGGAAGAAAAGGGGUCGACCAAGAAAGUAUUCUCCUGAUGGUAACAUUGCUUUAGGUCUCUCCCCUACACCCGUUACUCCGAUUUCGUCGUCUAUCGUGCCUCAUACAGAUUCCGGUAGUGGUGGUGGUGAUGUGGAGGGUGCUUCUUCGGAGAAUCCGUCGAAGAAGGCCCGUGGAAGGCCUCCUGGUUCUGGAAAGAGACAGCUAGAUGCUUUAGGUGCAGCUGGAGUUGGCUUUACACCCCAUGUGAUCACAGUCAAUGUUGGGGAGGACAUAGCUUCAAAGAUAAUGGCUUUCGCCCAGCAAGGUCCACGUACAGUUUGUAUUCUAUCUGCAAAUGGAGCCAUCUGUAACGUUACCCUCCGCCAACCAGCAAUGGGGGGUGGCACUGUGAGUUACGAGGGCCGAUUUGAAAUCAUCUCAUUAACAGGUUCCUUCUUGCGGUCGGAAAGUAAUGGAAGCAGCGGACCAAAUGGUCUAAGUGUGUCACUGGCUGGAUCAGAUGGUAGAGUAUUGGGUGGUGGAGUUGCAGGAAUGCUUAUGGCUGCCACACCCGUGCAGGUAAUCGUGGGUAGCUUCAUUGCUGAAGGGAAAAAGCCCAAGUCUAAGGCGCCACCUUCGACACCACCACCAUCCAAUAUGUUAAAUUUUGGUGCUCCCGCCACAGACGAGAGCCCGCCUUCUCAAGGUGAUGAUGCCUCAAAUGACUCGUCUGAUGAAAAUGGCGAUGGUCCUUUCCACCAUGAACAAGGACCUUAUGGUAAUGCUGGCCAACCAAUGCAUGGUAUGUCAAUGUAUGCAAAUAUGGGCUGGCCAAAAUCACUGUGAAAACACUUUUUUAGUUGAAAUGAUAUUGCCAAGGGUAAUUUGACUUCCUCAUUCCCCUGCAACAGAGUUGGCAGUUUGAUUCGCGAUGCUAACAGGCAGAGUAUAGGCGUUUCUUGAUUUCUCGACUUGAGAGCUUAUUUCCAUUUUUUUCCCCCUUAUCUCUUUUCCCCGCUUGAUUUUUUUUUUUUUUUUUCGUAACUUGGUAUGUAGUUGAUUUGUACUAGCUGAGGUGAGAGGCGUGGCUGAUUUACAAAAAACCAUUUUCAUGGUUUCUUUGCCACCACGGUCUUAGACUCUUAGUAGUAUAUGUUAGGUGACAUUUGGUUGAGUAUUUACUGCCAUAUCGUUAGAGUUUAACUUUUAGGAAUUAUUAGAUGGUUAGAAAUUUUUCUAAUGAAUGGAGUAUUUUCUAUUUUUCUUCA